AUGAAUAAAAAUAAAGAAUCUGGAAAAUAAGCUUAAAAUAAUAAACAAAAUGAUUCUAAUUUGAAUAAAAAUAAAGAAUUAUAAAAACUUGUUUAAAAUAAUAAGCAUUUUGAAUUUUUAUCAAGUGGAAAAAUUAAAUGUAUUUUAACACAUCAUGAAAUCUUACCAACUUUAUAAGAAUUUAAUAAUUAUUUAAAUGGUAGAAGCUAUAAAAAUGCAUUAGAAAAUGAUAUUGAUUUUACUUAAUUUGAACCAUAUAUUGUCUAGCAUAAAACUGAUAAGUAAAAUUAAUUAAUUAAAAUUUAGAAAUAAAUUAUAUUGUAAUUUGACAAGAUAAAAUAUUAGUAAAAAGAAAUCUGUUGUUCUUAAACAUGUUAAUGGAAAGAGAUACAAAUAUUAUUUAUCUAGUAAUAAUAUUAAUUAUACUUAGAAUAUUUAGAAGAAUAAGCCAAAGAAGAACAAGAAAAUUAACCGGAAAAUUAAGAAGAAGAUGAAAUAUUAAAUGAAUUAGAAGAAUUAAAUAAUUUAUUAAAUGAUGAAGUUGAAGAAGAAUAAACAGAUAAAUAAAAAAAUGGUAUUUUAAAAGGAGGAAAGAAAAUAAAUAAAAAGAAAGUUAAACCAUAAUAAGAAUAAUAAAUAGAAAUUGAAUAAACAAUUUAAACUAAAUAAAAAAAAUAAUAAUAAUAAUAAGAUGGAAAAUAAAUUAAAAAAUUAAAAAAUAAAUAAUAAAAAGCAUAAGUGGAAUGA